CUAAAACAACAAGCAGAAGACAGGCUAAUAACUGAGGAGGCGUGCUCUUGUUCACCCAAGGAGGCAGAGCAACACUGUAUAAAACCAGACAGGCACGCACGGGAACGAGCAGGAGGUCAAAGAAAAAAGAAACGCGAGAGGGCAAAGAGAGAGAGAGUGUGGAGAACAGAAGGCGAGGGGGCUAACAGGUGAAGUGCAGUUAGGAUAGCAGGAGGGGAGAGGUAUGAGGGGACAGCUCUUGACGUCAUUCUUUUUGGUGGUCACUCUCUUCUGUUUGGGGAGCCUGCUGACCACUUUCAUCUGGUACAUGGUUGACAACAACAAUGUGGAACCUCACAGACCGCCUUCUCACAAGAAAAGCCGCCCUCGGCCCUCUGAGCUCUGUAAAGGCUGCAGGGAGGUCAUUGAAAAAGUACAAAAGCGUUACUCUCAACCCUGGAAGAAGCAGGAAGACAAUUACCAGAAGUUCAGAUCUCUGCUGAGCAGCAAGUGCCAUGGUUUUGACAAGGCCAUCAUAACCCAGACCAACACUCCAGUGGGAUCAAAGCUUGUGUAUGACGGAGAAAAGAAGAGGACCCUCCAGGUCACCCCAGAGAUUUUCAGCACCUUUGCAAAAGAGCAUCCAUUCCCAAAUAAAACAUGGGACACGUGUGCCGUUGUUGGGAACGGAGGGAUCCUGACAGACAGCGGCUGUGGAAAGAUGAUCGAUUCAGCUCAAUUUGUUAUCAGGUGCAACCUACCUCCUUUGGGAAAAAGCUAUGAGAAACAUGUGGGCAUCAAGACAGACCUUGUGACAGCAAACCCAAGCAUCUUCAUAGAUAAGUAUGGGGCUCUAAUGGGGCGCCGUCGCCAGUUCGUGGAGAGUCUGCGUAGCUACGGCAACUCCUUGCUGCUCCUUCCCGCCUUCUCCUAUGGCUUCAACACCCCUGUGUGUCUCCGGGCCGUCUACAGCAUUGAAGACUUUGAAAGCCCCACCAGGCCCAUCUUCUUUAACCCUGAGUACCUCCAGAGUCUGGCCCUCUUCUGGCGCUCCCAAGGCCUACGAGCAGUGCGGCUCAGCACCGGCAUAAUCAUGACCAGCCUGGUGCUGGAACACUGUGCCAACGUGCAUCUGUACGGGUUCUGGCCCUUCAAUAACCACCCAGAUGGACUCUAUGCCCUGACUAACCACUACUACGAUGACAGACAAACUAAAACGAAAUUCCACGCCAUGCCGGCUGAGUUUGACCUCUUGUUGCGGCUGCACAGUCAGGGGGUGCUCAGGCUUCACCUGGGAGAUUGUUGACCAGCUGACAGGACAAGAGCAAAGUGCCUUGUUUGUAGCCCAGUAACUUGUGAAAUCUUUCAUAUACUUUUGAAUGUGAAAAGUGCCUUCUUGCUUGCUAGUCCAGUCAUUUUAUGAAAAAAGGUAGAACAAAUUGCAACAGAAGCAAACUCAACUGAUUUUGUAGCCUCAAUAUAUCCUAAGUAAGGAAAAAAAGCCUCGAAGAAUCCCAUUAGGGGAAAGUUUCAAAAGAACAGGAGACAAGGGUAAGAUGAAUGCAGAAGACAAAAGGUAGGUCCUGUUCCCCAUCUCUGCAAUAAUAAUUAAUAAAGGCUGGUUUAAAGUACUUCUUCCUGCCUCUAUAUAUUAAUGCUCAUGGAUAGCCUAAAUGGGUUCCAUUCAGACCUUAACAUUAAGUCUUUUACUGUUAUAAGUCAACAAGACUUUUUCACCUGGCUAUACCCAAUGUUUAGAUCUGUUGUGGUAUUUAUGCAAAUUAGCACAUGCGUAAGUAGAUUAAGCACCAUUUGCCCAUGUUAACAAUUUCAAAAAACUUGUAAUACAUUUUUUUGUUUGUCGUGAUGGAAGUAAUCAACUCAAUAAUUUUCAUGGUGAUAUCUAAAGGUUAACAUUUUACCCAAUUCACGUAAGAAACAAUGAAUACGCGUAUGAAUAUGCUAUAUUUGGGUCUUUUUCUAAACUCUCCCCUAAUGGGAUUCUUUGGGGCUUUCUUUUUCCUUACUCAGGACAUAUUGAGGAUACAAAAUCAGUUGAGUUGGCUUCUGUUGCAAUUUGUUCAAGGUUGACCCCCUUUUUGGCUUAAAAUGACUGGACUUUGCCUCUAUGGUAGAUAAAUCAUGACAAUGUGCCCUCUAGGUUUCCCUUAUAAUGGAGAAAACGUGAUGCAGUGCGAUGUAGGCUGCCGUACAUGUUGGGAAUGCUUUCUGCACGCUUGUGCCCCACCGCAUGCAGGUGGUGCCCUUUUUUUUGCCCCUGCUGCUUAAACCGCUUGAGUCAAACACUGGCUGAUGACACGGAUAAAGUGCGUUCAAGCAAGAUGGAUGCUUGGACUAAGAGUGAACGUUAAGUGUCUCAUUGUAGUGAAAUGAAGAUGCAACUAUUGUAAGGCUGUAUAAAACAUUAUGUAAACAAUCUAUAUUUUAACUUUUUUUCAGGCUGCUCUAAAAAUGAAACCUCUGUUUAGCCAGACUUAUCUGAAGUGAUGGUACAACACCCCAGAGUGUCACUGGG